AUGGUCAAUUUCACUAUCGUCAACGGCCAAGUCUACACGCCAGGCCUGGCAAUUAUCGAUGCCCCGCAGCCCAACACGCCCCUUGGCGGAGACAAUCUCCAAGUUGCUAUCGACGUGUCAGGAAACGGCCAACUCCCAUGGCCACCAUCCAGCAACACCGACUCAUCAACCCUUUUCAACGACAUCAGACUCUUCUUGACCUCCGAGUCACUCUCUCACAACUUCACCAUCUCAAAUGGCACAACACCGUCCGCUAACACAAGCUACAUCGGCCCAGUACUAGGCCUCGAGCCAUCAUCAACCGUCAAACACGUGAACUGGGUCUGGCCGAAGUGUCUCGUCGGCGAUGGCUCCGAUUCAAAGAGCGACUCAGAUCGCGGCGCAUAUAACAUCUCCAUGCACCAGUCUUUCCGCUGGAACGGGACUGACUACUAUACCGUGUUUCAGCUUCCCAUUUCUGUUACAAACAGCAUCCCUGAGAGUGAUGAGCGCGUUGACUGCGCUUUACUCGAAAACGAGGUCAUGAGCGUGGCAGAGGUUGAUGAGAGUUCGGAUUCCCUACCUGGACAGCCGUGGGUUGAGGGAGUCAGUACGACAGAUUCGAGUGCCUCGCCUACACAGACGGGUAUGGGCCUUCGCAGUCAUUCGGGUUCGAGACGAAUGGCCGGCAUUGCGAUUGCGGCGACAAUGAUUCUACAUUUCUUCAGUUAA